AUGGCCGACGCCAUCUCCAAGGACCUGGGUUUGAAUUCUAGAGUCACCACCCAACAACAUGGUUCUACCGUAGACCAACAUGCCACAGGGGGGAGCCAGCCUCCAGCGGGAAAGGCAGACCACACCACCGUGUCGGCGAUGGAAGCCCCCCAGCACGAAAAGCACCCUGCGAUACUUCACACUUCGACGGACUCGUACGGCCUGAGCCAGCCAGCGUCCGGCGUCAAUGUCGAACGAGCAGAGAAGGACUUUGCAGAACUAAGCAGAGAACUGAGUUCCAUCAGCCGGCGCAUUUCAAAGACACACUCUCGAGCCUCCACCGCCAAAGCCAGAGAUAUAGAGAAAGCGGUCAGUGCGUCAGACGAUACCUUCGACGACACCUUUGAUCUGGAAGCGACUUUGCACGGGAACAGGGAGGCAGAUGAUGCUGCCGGGAUCAAGUCCAAGUACAUUGGCGUCAUCUGGGAAAACCUCACGGUUCGGGGGAUCGGGGGCGUCAAAAACUUUGUCAAGGUCUUCCCCGAUGCUUUUGUUGACUUUCUCAACGUGCCUGGGACGAUCAUGAGCAUGUUUGGGCUGAGGAAAAAGGGAACCGAGUUUAAGAUUCUGCAGAACUUCCGCGGAGUUGCGAAGCCCGGGGAAAUGGUGCUGGUUCUGGGUCGGCCGGGCAGCGGCUGCACGACGUUUCUCAAAGUGAUGGCGAAUCAACGCUACGGCUACACCGGCAUCGACGGCGAGGUUCUCUACGGCCCCUUUGACGCGGCCACCUUUGCGAAGCGUUAUCGCGGUGAGGCGGUGUACAACCAAGAAGACGACGUGCACCACCCCACUCUCACCGUCGGCCAGACGCUCGGGUUUGCAUUGGACACGAAGACGCCCGGCAAACGGCCGGCAGGGUUGAGCAAGGCCGAGUUUAAAGAGCGGGUGAUUCAACUGUUGCUGAAAAUGUUCAACAUCGAACACACCAAGAACACCAUCGUGGGGAACCCGUUCAUCCGAGGGGUGUCCGGCGGCGAGCGCAAACGGGUCUCGAUCGCGGAGAUGAUGGUGACCGGAGCUACGGUGUGUGCGUGGGAUAACAGCACGCGAGGCCUGGACGCCUCGACCGCGCUGGACUACGCCAAAUCGCUGCGAAUCAUGACCAACAUCUACAAGACCACCACGUUCGUGUCCUUGUACCAGGCAUCCGAGAACAUCUACAAGCAGUUCGAUAAGGUGUUGGUCAUCGACCACGGCCGGCAGGUCUUCUUUGGCCCGACCCAAGAGGCCAGAGCGUACUUUGAAGGACUGGGCUUCUUGGAAAAGCCUCGCCAGACCACGCCGGACUACCUGACCGGAUGCACCGACGAGUUCGAGCGAGAGUACCAACCCGGCAGGGGGCCAGAGAACACGCCGUCGACCCCGGAUGCAUUUGUCGAGGCCUUCAACAAGUCGGUCCAUGCCCAGCGGCUGGUGGACGAGAUGAACAGCUACCGCCAGUCCAUGCAAGAAGAAAAGCAGCUCCAUGAUGACUUUGUGGCGGCCCACCAGCAAGCCAAACGGAAGCACACCCCCAAGCAUUCGGUCUACUCGGUGCCGUUCCAUCUGCAGGUCUGGGCCCUGAUUAAACGGCAAUAUCUGAUCAAGUGGCAAGACAAGUUCUCGCUCGUCGUAUCCUGGAUCACGUCGAUCGUGAUUGCCAUCGUUCUGGGGACAGUCUGGCUGAAACAACCCCAGACGACAUCCGGCGCCUUUACCCGUGGCGGCGUGCUGUUCAUGUCUCUGCUCUUCAACGCCUUCCAGGCUUUCUCCGAGCUUGCAUCCACCAUGAUGGGCCGUCCCAUCGUCAACAAACAUCGGGCGUACACCUUCCACCGGCCGGGUUCCUUGUGGCUGGCGCAGAUCGUGGUCGACACUGCCUUCGCGUCGGCUCAGAUCUUCGUCUUCAGCGUCAUUGUGUAUUUCAUGACGGGACUGGUCCGCACCCCCGGGGCGUUCUUCACCUUUGUGCUCAUCAUAAUCACCGGCUACCUGUCCAUGACCUUGUUCUUCCGCACGGUCGGCUGUGUGUGCCCCGACUUUGACUAUGCGAUCAAGUUCGCCGCCGUCAUUAUUACUCUGUUCGUCAUCACGUCGGGAUAUCUGAUCCAGUACCAGAGCCAGCAAGUAUGGCUGCGAUGGAUAUUCUACAUUAACGCGCUGGGGCUGGGCUUCGCGGCCAUGAUGAUGAACGAGUUCGAGAGGUUGACCAUGCGCUGUACCGCCGAGUCUCUCGUCCCUUCGGGGCCGGGCUACAACAGCAUUGACCACCAGGUAUGCACUCUGCCCGGAUCGGAAGCCGGCUCGAACGACGUGUCGGGAACGGCCUACGUCAAGCUGGGCUUCUCGUAUGACCCCGCGGACCUGUGGCGCAACUUCGGGCUGAUCCUCGUGCUGAUUGCCUUCUUCCUCGCGGCCAACGUCAUCAUGGGGGAGAUGGUCAAGUAUGGAGCGGCCGGUCGCACGGUGACUUACUUCGCCAAGGAGAACAAAGAGCGGCAGGCCCUGAACGCAAAGCUGCAGGAGCGUCGACAGCGGAGACAGACGAAGCAAGAUGCUCAAGACAGCUCCGAGCUCAACAUCGCCUCCAAAGCCAUCUUGACCUGGGAGAAUCUCACCUACGACGUGCCGACGCCUGCGGGCCAACUCCGACUGCUCAAAGACGUCUUUGGCUACGUCAAGCCGGGACAGCUGACGGCCCUGAUGGGCGCCAGCGGUGCCGGCAAGACCACUCUUCUCGACGUCUUGGCCGCACGCAAGAACAUCGGGGUGGUGGGUGGCGAUAUCUUGGUGGACGGCCUGAAGCCGGGGCGUGGCUUCCAGCGCGGCACUUCGUACGCCGAACAGCUGGACGUGCACGAAUCGACCCAGACGGUCAGAGAGGCCCUCCGGUUCAGCGCGGACCUCCGUCAACCGUACGAGGUGCCGCGGGAGCAAAAGUAUGCUUACGUCGAGGAGAUCUUGUGCUUGCUGGAGCUGGAGUUUCUGGCCGACGCCAUCAUCGGCACUCCCGAGACCGGUCUUUCCGUCGAGGAGCGAAAGAGAGUGACCAUCGGGGUGGAAUUGGCGGCCAAACCAGAGCUUCUACUGUUUCUGGACGAGCCCACGUCCGGUCUCGACUCGCAGUCGGCCUUCAACAUUGUGCGGUUCCUCCGCAAACUGGCGGCAGCCGGGCAGGCGAUUCUUUGCACCAUCCAUCAACCCAACAGCGCCCUGUUCGAGAACUUCGAUCGCCUGCUCUUGUUGCAGCGGGGCGGCGAGACGGUCUAUUUCGGCGACAUUGGCAGAGACGCGUCGGUCUUGCUCGGCUACUUCAACAAACAUGGCGCCGAAUGUCCGGCGGACGCCAACCCGGCGGAAUGGAUGCUCGACGCCAUCGGGGCCGGCAUCGCCCCUCGCAUCGGCGACCGCGACUGGGCCGAGAUCUGGCGCGACAGCGACGAACUGGCCGCGGUCCAGGCGGAAAUCAUCGAGAUGAAGGCCCAACGCCAGCGCGAGAUCUCUCACGAGCCGGCGCACGACGAGCGAGAGUACGUGUCGCCCCUGUGGCAUCAGAUCAAGGUGGUGUCGUGGCGCACGCACCUCGCCUUCUGGCGGUCCCCGAACUACGGUUUCACCCGGUUCUUCAACCACGUCGUCGUCGCCAUCUUGUCCGGGCUUGCCUUCCUCCAGCUCGACGACAGCCGGUCGAGCUUGCAGUACCGCAUCUUUGUCAUCUUCCAGGUCACCGUGGUGCCGGCCCUGAUUCUGGCCCAGGUCGAACCCAUGUACGACCUGUCGCGGCUGAUCUUCUACCGCGAAUCGGCGGCCAAAGCGUACCGCCAGUUCCCCUUCGCCUUUGCCAUGGUGUGCGCCGAGAUGCCGUACAGUAUCCUGUGUGCGGUCGGCAUGUUCCUCCCCUUGUACUACAUGCCCGGCUUCAACAGCGCCUCAUCCCGCGCCGGCUACCAGUUCUUCAUGAUCCUGAUCACCGAGCUCUUUUCCGUGACCCUCGGCCAGAUGGUGGCCGCGCUCACGCCGUCCAGUUUCAUCUCCAGCCUGCUCAACCCGUUCCUGGUCACCAUCAUGGGCCUGUUUUGCGGCGUCACCAUCUCGAAACCGCAGAUGCCCGGCUUCUGGCGGGCGUGGCUGUACGAGCUCAACCCCUUCACCCGUCUCAUCUCGGGCAUGGUCACCACCGAACUGCACGGCCUACCGGUGAACUGCCGGCCGCGUGAACUCAACUCGUUCCCGGCCCCGCCCGGUCAGGAGUGUGGCGAGUACAUGUCGGACUUCUUCCAGCGCGGCGGCGCGGGAUAUUUGGUCAGCAACGCCACCGACUUCUGUCAGUACUGUGCCUACCGGGUAGGUGAUCAGUUCUACGACACUCUCGAGAUUAGCUUCGACCACCGCUGGCGUGACCUGGGCAUCUUUGCCGCCUUCAUCGGGAGUAAUCUGAUCUUGUUGUUUUUGGGAUCCAGAUAUCUCAACUUUAACCGACGAUAG